AUGAAGUGGAGCGUGCGGGGAGCCUGCGCCGCUCUCUCCAGCUGCCUCCUGCUCGCCUGCGCCCUCAGCGCCGCCGCCGUGGGCCUCAAGUGCUUCUCGCUGGGCUCCGAGCUCAAGGGUGAGCCCUUCCGCUUAGGCACCGCUGCUGGCGCCUUCUACUCGGGGCUGCUGCUGGCCGCCGGCCUCUCGCUGCUCGCCGCCGCGCUGCUCUGCUGUCGCCCGCCCGACGAGGUGCCUGCGGCGCCAACUCAGUCUUCGGCCCCAGCCCCGGCCCUGGCUGCGGCCGAGGACCCGGAACCCGCUGGAGGCUGCCCCAGCGCGGGGGAGGUGGCGGCCGCGCCGUCGGGUCCGGUGGAGAAGUCGCCGCCUGGGGGGCGGCAGAACUUCCUGCUGCUGGGGGUGCUGGUGUUCAUGCUGGGCGUGCUGAGCGCCUUCGCCGGCGCCGUCAUCGACGGCGACACCGUCUCGCUGGUGGAGAGGAAGUACUCGCACUAUUGCCUGCUGCAGCCCGGCGGCGCGACUCGACCACGGAGCGGCCCCGCGGCACCCGACGGCUCUGCCGCGGCUCUCCGUUGCCAGAAGCUGCGGGACUACCAGCAAGGUUUGGUGCUCUCCACCGUCUUCAACGCUCUGGAGUGCCUCCUGGGCCUGCUCAACCUGCUUCUCGUCAAGAACUACAAGGCCUCGCAGCAACGCGGGCGGCGGCGGCGACGGCGGCGAGCGGCCCCGGCGGCGACGGCUGUAGCGGCGGGCGGGCGGCGGCGGCGGCGGAGGGGCGGCGGGCGGCGGGCGCCGCGCCACAGCCAGGGCUCCCUCUUCUCAGGCGGUGAGCCCGAGCUCAGCCCCGGGGAUUGCCCCUUCCAGGCCGUCUCCUACAUCAACGUGGGCGUCUUCCACGUCUUCGACGAGGCCGGCGUGGAAGUACACUGCGGCGGGCAUCCCUCUGUCGAGCUGCCAGGCUACUCGCCCAUGGACCCUGAGCUCAAUGCCUCCUACCCCUACUGCUACCCGCUGCCCAGCGAGCGGCCCCCGUCUUACGAGGAGAUCUACCCCGGGGAGUCCUGCGCUCACGGCACCUAG